GAACUUUUCAAUGGCCUCCCCAGAGAGGUAUGCGUUUUGUAAUGUCAUCAGAUUUGCGCGUGCGCAGUAAUUUUGCGUUUUGAGAUUUACGGUGUGUAGACGGUACCUGCUUACAUAAUCUAAUUAUCGGUCACUACGGGACAGUAGGCCGCUUUCGGCUUCUCGUGCCCACGAAGAGGAGAACUAAACUAGCAGAAAGUGACGCGCAGCUGUGACGAGAUGUUCCCUGCUAGCAGAUACUCGAGUAAAGCCCACAGGUGUAUCAGGGCUUUGAAGACUGCGCAAGUAGAGCAUGCCUCACCUCAGCUGUACACCACGUUACACAGACGGAGCUGCUCCUCGGUUUCUACGCCUCGCAUCACAACACACUACACCAUCCACUCCCGGGACAAAGAUCCAAGAUGGGAGGGCGUGGAAAUGGAAAGGUUUACGGAUGAGGCAGACGUGGUGAUCGUCGGCGGUGGUCCCGCCGGUCUUUCGGCCGCCAUUCGCCUGAAGCAGCUGGCUAACGAGCAGGAGAAGGAGCUGCGCGUGUGCCUGGUGGAGAAGGCGUCUCAAAUGGGGGCGCACACGCUCUCGGGGGCCUGCCUGGAGCCCAGCGCGCUGCACGAACUCUUCCCCGACUGGAAGGAACGAGGGGCUCCUCUCAACACACCAGUGACCGAGGAUGUCUUCAAUAUUUUGACAGAGAAGCACAGGAUCCCCGUUCCCAUGUUACCAGGUCUGCCCAUGAGGAACCAUGGCAACUACGUCGUGCGUCUGGGCAACUUUGUCCGCUGGUUGGGCGAGCAGGCCGAGGAGCUCGGAGUGGAGUUGUAUCCUGGUUACGCCGCCUCCGAGGUUUUGUUCCACGAAGACGGGAGCGUCAAAGGAAUUGCCACCAACGACGUCGGCAUCGCCAAAGACGGCUCGCCAAAGGACAACUUUGAGCGGGGGAUGGAGCUCCACGCGAAGGUGACGUUGUUUGGAGAGGGAUGUCACGGCCAUCUCGCCAAGCAGCUAUACAAGAAGUUCAACCUGCGCGAAAACUGCGAGCCGCAGACUUACGCCAUCGGCCUCAAGGAGGUGUGGACGAUUGACGAAAAGAAGUGGCGUCCUGGCCGCGUGGAGCAUUCGGUGGGCUGGCCUCUCAACCGGAACACGUACGGCGGUUCCUUCCUGUAUCAUCUCAACGAAGGAGAGCCUCUGGUGGCUCUGGGCUUUGUGGUGGGUCUGGACUACUCCAACCCUUACCUGAACCCCUUCCGGGAGUUCCAGCGGUGGAAGCAUCACCCUUUCGUCACACCCACGCUGGAGGGAGGCCACAGGAUCGCAUACGGAGCCCGCGCCCUGAAUGAGGGCGGCUUCCAGUCUGUUCCUAAAGUGACGUUCCCAGGCGGCCUUCUGAUUGGCUGCAGCCCCGGCUUCAUGAACGUGCCAAAGAUUAAAGGCACCCACACAGCCAUGAAGAGCGGUAUGCUGGCAGCGGAGGCCAUUUUCCCACGAGUGAUGGCGGUGGCCGAGGGGGGGGAGUCGGAGACGGCAGGUCUGCACAUUCCCGAGUACGCCGAAGCCCUGAAGGCGUCCUGGGUGUGGAAGGAGCUCCAUGCUGUGAGGAACAUCCGUCCGUCCUUCCACAACUACUUCGGCCUGUACGGCGGCAUGAUCUACACGGGGAUCUUCUAUUGGAUCCUGAGGGGCAAAGAGCCGUGGACGCUCAAGCACUGCGGCCGUGACGCCGACCAGCUGAAGCCGGCCAAAAACUGCACGCCCAUCGAGUAUCCCAAGCCUGACGGAAAGAUCAGCUUUGACCUGCUGUCCUCUGUGGCGCUCAGUGGCACAAACCACGAAGGAGACCAGCCCGCACACCUUACUCUCAUGGACGACAGCGUGCCCGUCGACAGGAACCUCGCCAUCUAUGACGGUCCCGAGCAGCGCUUCUGCCCCGCAGGCGUGUACGAGUACGUUCCCGUGGAAUCGGGCGACGGCAUGCGGCUGCAGAUCAACGCUCAGAACUGCGUACACUGUAAGACGUGUGACAUCAAGGACCCCAGCCAGAACAUCAACUGGGUGGUCCCGGAGGGCGGAGGCGGACCGGCCUACAACGGAAUGUAAAUGCAGCUGCCCGGCCACCAAAUUGAGGAAAAUAUGGUUCACUUGAACCAUGACUGAAUGAAUAUUCAGUGCCUCGCUUAAGUGAAAAUGUGCCUACUGUUGCUGUUAUACAGUCAAAGGUUUGGAGUGUUGCACUUUCUAUGGGAUGGAAAAGUGUGUCCAAACGUUUGGCUGUUAGUGUACAGGUAAUAAUUAACACAAAUCAUGUUUAAAGAGCUUGGACUUUAUUAAUUCAUGAUGCGACACUACCGCUGUCCAAAACAGUGACGCUUGAACAUUUCAUUUGCAUAAAGUGGCCUUCAGGAAUAUUAAAUAAGGACUUACAGCAAGCGUUUUUGAUAAAUUAUUCCAGGUACAUUUUGCUGUACUGUACAUAAUGUCACAUCAGUGAAUAAACUACUCGACUGUUCUGUA